AUACAGUAUAAAUUAUCAUUUAAGUUGCUGACAAUAUCAACAACACCUUUUUAAGUAGUGUUUAUUCCUGAGGAUUUGAACAUUUUUGCUUUUUGUCUUUUUGCUUUUAACAAGGCUAAGUCUAUUCAUAUAAUGGAUACACACAUCAGGAAAACGGCAUGGUUGUUGGACAAUGAUCAGCUUUUGGAGAAAAAUGGGGUGGCCACAAAAUCCCAUGUACAGGGUGAUCCUCUACCAUGGCAAGAUUUUACUGCGUCUCAUCUAGGACCAGAUAAUGGAUUAUUGGGAACACAUACCAACAAGACACAAGAUCUGCUGAGAGGACAAAUGAAGACAAUACAAUCUCAAAUGAUGCAAACCACAGAAGAAUGGAUAAGCAACUACAGUUUAGAAUCCUUGCAAUUAACAUUAGAGUAUCUGGUAAACAAGGGCAAUAUUAUUUUGAAUUCAGGAGAUGGUGUUGAAAGGAUUGUGUUUACAGAGGAGACUGUUACUGAUUUUGAGUCCAGACUUUCUGAAGCAAUUGAACUUUAUCAGCAGAGAAUUCAGUGGCUCUUGGAGGACAGCAGAAAGGUGUUUGGUAUUAUAAAAGGAACCAAAGUGGGACUUUUGAUUGAUGUGUCUCACAUGAGUUAUGGACCUGGACUACUGGAUUUUCAGAAGGACCUUUUGUGCUUAAUAGAUGAGCAGCUUUGUUAUAAGGAGCAAUUGUACUGCCUCUCAUUCAGUGCAGAAAUUUCACCGCUGUGGGAGAGCCCAAAAAACAUCAAUGUUCACGUGCUACAUGAAGUGAGACAGUGGAUACAAGAGCUGGAGCCUGGUCAAGGCUGCAAUUUGCUGAAAGCCUUUAAGCAUGUCCUUACAAUGAAAGAACUGAAUUCCCUGGUUCUUAUUGUAGGAAGCUGCCCUGAUCAGCCUUUUGAAAUACUGUGUGAUUAUGCUCAGCAAUGUUUGCUGGGGAGAAAACUGCAGAUUCACACUGUUACAUAUGAUUGCAGCAAUCCUGCUUCUCUUGCAGUUCUGAAGAAUCUUGCAGAAGCUGUAGAAGGCCGUUAUCAUUGCUACUCUUCAAAGGGAGAGUAUUUUGAUAGCAGUGAUUUUCAUUUGCUACUUCAGGAGUUCCUGAAGGCCAAGGACCUACUCAAAAGCAUCAAACAGACUUUCCAAAGAGGACUUGGUGGCUCAAUUAGUAGUAAAACAGCAGAGGUUUCUGCAGGAUUUGCAAAUACAGCACCUUCCAGCUUCUUCCCAAAGCCUCCGAAGCUCAAAGGACCAUUAGUUAUUCAAACACCAAGUGUCCUGGCCAAAACCUCAACAGACUGGUUAAAGACAUAUGGAUUGAAAGCCAAGAAGUUAAACCUUUAUCAAGUUCUGGCUCCCAAUGCUUUCUCUCCUGUGGUGGAGUUCAUACCUAUUCUUAAAAAAAGAAUAUCAUCAACUCUGCAUGAGAAAAUCAUGAUGCAGUUUGAAUGGCAUGAUGGAACUGUGAAAAAUAUCCAUGUUGACCUGCCAGUAUUAUACAACUACCAGAAACUCCUUACUAAAAUGGUAAAUAUCUAUGAGAAACGAAUUGACUGGCUCUCCAUUGCUAGCAGAAGAAUAUGGGGGAGUGUUUGUGAAAAGAGGGUGGUUAUACUUGUUGAUAUAUCAGUGACAAACUCUAUGUACAUCACCCAUAUCCAACAUUCUCUGCGACUUUUACUUGAGGAACAAAUGUCAAAUAAGGAUUACUUCAAUAUCAUAGCAUUUGGGAGUGACAUUGUGCCUUGGCAGCAGGAACUGCUUCCUUCCCAUCCAGAAAACUUAGAAAAGGCUUGGAGAUGGGUGUUGAACUUGCAGUGCAAGGGCAGUAGAAAUUUCAUGAGUGCACUCAGGAGAGCUGUAGAAGUCGACUUCAAAGACAAAGAGAAACACAAAUCACAAGGACUUUACCUGCUGACUACUGGAAUACCUGAUCAGGAAACACACACCAUCAGUGCUUAUGUGGCUGAGGUUUGCAGAGGUUUUGAUUUACAGCUUCAUGUCUGUCUGUUCAGUGCCAUGGAGGACAUUGGCUCCAGUGGGGUUAUCCCAGCCCGCUAUGCCAGCCCUGCAGAAACUGCCAGUGCUUUUAGAGAAAUAGUGCAGGCAGCCAGGGGCAGAUUCCACUGGUUUGGAGAAGCAGGUAUUUUUGAAAGUGAUGAUAUUACUAGUAUUGUGUCGGAAAUGGAAAAAGCAAAAAACUACUCCCAAAAGUGUGCAUUCCUGGUGGAAUCCUUGAAGCAACGUUCAGUAAAUCAGUCUGUUAAUCCAUUUACACCAGAAGGAGAUUCAAAUGCACUUACAAAGAAUGAGAAAAGAAGGCCACAGAAGUUGCCAUCUCCUAAACCCACAGCUCCAAGCCCGGCUAGAAUGGAUGUUAAAGACAACCAUGGUGCAGGCAGAAAUACUCCUGUAAGAGUCCUGGCAUGGCGUCCUCCUAGUGCCAAAGCAGAAAUUCCACCAGCACAAACAGUAAAAGAAUGGCCUCAGACUGAGAAUAAAAGAAAGGAUAAACCAAGGAAGCAGCCAGAGCUUUCUCUAUCUGUAUUUCACACUGAUAAAGGAAGAAAUGUGGGUACAGUAAACCAGAAAUAUCCAAAGACUAUGUGCAUAAGAAAGUCUGUUCCCCCUGUUACAUUGCCAAAAGAAGAGGAAAUCUGUUCAAGCAAAGAGUGGCUGAGCAAGUACAGUAUAAAAAAGCUUGAAUUGGAAUUGCCCAGGCUGAUGUUUGGUCCAGGCUGCACCCACCAAAACAAAACUGUGGAGUCUCUGCACAAGAAAGUAUCAGCAAAAUACUGUUCUAUCUUCCCUAGUGCAGAAAUCAAUGGGGUUGUGAAACAUCUGCAGUUUCAACCUAAAGAGCUGGAAAUCUACACAGAACAGCUGGAGCGAGUGUUGCAGCGCUACCUCCAGAGGGUACAGUGGCUGCUCUCAGGAAGCCGAAGGUUGUUUGGUACCAUUUUAGAAGCAAAUGUCUGUGUUUUGAUUGACACAUCUGGUUCCACUGGCCCAUAUUUGCCACAUGUCACAAAAGAACUCACCUCCCUUAUCUGGGAACAGCUAAGAAGAAAUGAGGUCAGGUUUAACCUGCUGAGAUUUGCAGAAAAUACAGAGAGUUGGAAAGAGUGUCUUGUAGAGGCAACUGAUGAAUCAUGUCAUGAUGCUGUGCAGUGGGUUUCCAAAUUCCGUGCCCAUGGUAACACGUGCAUCCUCACAGCUUUACAGAAGGCUCUCAGUUUCCAAGGUGUAGAGGCACUGUAUCUAUUGACUGAUGGAAAACCAGACACCAGUUGCAGUCUGAUUUUGGAAGAAAUUGAACGAUUGAGAAAGGAACAAGAUAUUAAAAUCCACACCAUUUCUUUUAGCUGGGCAGACAGAGGAGCUAAUGAAUUUCUGAAGAAACUUGCUUCCCAGACAGGAGGGCGCUACCAUUGCUGCUUUGGAGAUGAAGAUGGACAAUUAGCAGCACACAGAAUAUUGGCAGAGGGGCUUGAAGAUGAAGAUGAUCCAGCUUUCCCUUACUUUGAAGGAGAUGAUUUAAAGAAACUUAUUCAAGAAGUAGCAAAAGCUAGAAGUUUCUUAAAGCAGGCAAAAUCUUGGAGAUUAUUACUUGAAAAACGGAAUACAAACCAAAAGGACAAUUCCAGCUUUCAAAGAAGUGCUCAGGAUUAAAUUUUAGAUGAAGAAAAGAUGCUGAAGAGGUUUGGAGUCAGACCACUAACCUGCUUCUUUUCAGAGUGUGCUCAAAGCUUCCAGCAGAAAGAGAGAAGAUGAAUUCUUUGUUGUCACGAGUGCUGGCCAGAGCAGUUGCAGGUGAUAAGUGCUGCAUUGACCCCACUUGCAGACUUUGCAGGACUCAAAGUAAAUCAAGCCCUGAACUCUCCAAAGUUUCAGCAUAAGUAGAGGAUAGUUUUCAAUAUAGCUGAUACAAAUUUUAAAAGUGUAUGUAUUUCUAAUAUAAUUAGGAGUUAUACAGGGUUACAACUUUUGUUUCUAUUCUACUGCAUCAUAUUAAUAAUUUUUUCAAUUAGUUGUUGGUAUGUCCAAAUUGUCUUUUUUUGGAAGUUGGUUUGAGAUUUCGUUCCUGGUGCUCAUUAUGCCCAACAGAUGGGAUGGAUGGCUGUGAUAUUAGGAAGAGAAUUCUCUAUGCCAGGUUUGCAUAGAAAGUCCAAGCAAUAACUUUAGUGCAGAAAACAAGCUUGGAAUUCAUGUUUUUGUCAAGAGAAGUUUGCUAAUAAUUAUUUCUGCCCUUUGCUUUUUAAGUUGCCAGUACAGAAAUAUUUAGAGUUAAUGAUUCAGAAAUGAUCAGACAUGCAAACAAGUAAUAUAUAGUUGCUGAUACAGCUUGGUUAUGUUUGUGUAACCAGACACUGCUAGUCUUCUAAGCAAUUCUGUUAAGUUCUUAUGUGUUUCCUGUCUGGAAAGAUUUAAAGUAUGUUUGCCAGUACCAGCUGAUUUAUGAAAUACACUUUUUUUUACUGCAAGGCUCGGUAAUGACAACUCACUAGUAUUUUGUAGUGUUUAUUGUUGCCUUUAAGAGGAUUAUAAAUUUAUCUCAAGUGUUUAAUAUAUGUAAUAUAAUAAAAAUGGAUUCAGACUGCAAAAUUCAGAUACUUGAUCUGCAUUUAUUUAAGAGCCAUUUGCAUCUCCUGAGUUCCAGCUGAUGGGGAUGACUGGAUACACUUUGAUAUGGGAGACAGUCUGUUUUCUGUCCCUCCAUCUCUUUUGUCUCUAUAAAGAAUUAAAAACUAUCUGUGUCAUAGAAGUCUCUUUUUAGUGUUGUAUGCUCUGAACCAGGUGACUCCUGCAUUCCAGGUUAGUCCCAGCCUACACUGGAAUACUGCAGUUAAACUGGUGCUUUGUGCUAUGCUGUACUUCCUGGGAUUUUGGUAGUGUAUAUGUGGAACUACUGAGAUGCUUUGAUAUGAAAAUGUUAGUUGUAAAUGAAUAGGAUUUGUUACGUUUCUGUUUGGAGUAUAGAAAUAUUAGAUGACAAUCACUGAUAAAAUAAAUGAAUUUGUAUUACGAAACGUUAAAACAGUAAAUCCAGGUAGGAAGGAUGAGUGUUCUGUAUUGCCAGGAAGGGUUUCUUAUAUGUUCCUUGGAGGAUUUGAGAAAUGUCACAGUACUGCAGCAUAGAUUCUGAUAUUCUUACAAAGGUCCUUUCAAAGAACUUAAAAGGAAAUAUGCUUGUGCAGGUGUGGUAAAUGAUCUCAGAGGCUCUGUGUGAAGGAAGAGUGUCCUGCACAUGUCCAAUUUCAGUGGGUUCUGUUAAAUUACAGUUGUCAAACCUCUCAUUUUAUAGCCUUUUUUCCCCCUGUGUAAUACUUGGUGUUCAGAUAUUUUACUCAUUCAAAACAAUUCCAUUUACAUGGGCUCAUUGCCAAUGGAUCUGUGUAAUCCUGAGUUGUGGCAGCCUACACUCGUACUCAUCACUCAGCUGAUUGUUUUGGCUCGGACUGGUUGUUUCUGUGGGCAGAGCAGAGCACGUGUCUCUGGUUCUCUUGAGCUCUCACACUUAAAGUAGGUGUUAGGAACUGAGGAAUCUUCUCUUUGGUUAGAAUCUGUGUAACCCCAGAAGCUAUAAAAGUCAGUAU